GGUCUUCACCCCCCCCUCCCCCAACUUCAAGUCCAAGACUCCAAUUCCCAUUUCCCCCCACCGUCUCUGCGGUAGAUCUGAACGUGUUGAGUCCGAACGUGGGAUAACCCCUGCUAUCGUCAACCCGCCCCCGGAGAAAACCCUUGCUGACCUCCUUGCAGGCAGCCUUCACCUCGGACCGAUCGUUCACCCCGAUCAAUCUCGUUGUCGCAAGUGGCUUCAUUGAGUCCAGUGACCACAAGCACAGCCUGCGUGCUUCGCCAAGAAGUCGAACGGCCGCUCCUCCGCGACCACGCCCCCUCGUGUUCUGUCUAGGUCGAUGUAAACUGGCCAUGUCGCGCACCACGGCAUAGCUUGGACCUUCGGAGAACCUCCCUGCCCCCCAAAGUCCGAUGCCGGCGACUCAUCGGCAUCGAUGGAUCACCGCGGCUCUUUCUUUUUUUUCCUGGUAGUCUUCUACCUUCUUCUGAGCUCGCAGUCCCAUUCGCCCUUGGUGUCUCAGGAUCGGGAGCACCAACGGGAACUGGCGAGGGAACGGAAUGCUCUUCGGAUGCUGAAUGAGUCCAAGUAUGGAGACUUUGACCCGGCAGCCGACAGAUGGCUCCCCUUCUCGGGGGUCAGGAAGAACGAUAGCUAUGCCUGGGAUCUUCUUCCCGAGGUCCAGGAGAGAGCCCGGCUUCAACUCCGGUCCACCAUGGCCGAAGCGGGCUUGAAGCCUCCCAAGGCCCUUGCGGUCCCCGGCGCGUUCCCCGACCUCAAUCUGACCCAGUUACUCCUCCCUGUGUAUCGCAAUGCAACGGGAAAGCUGCGCGGGGAGUGGGUCCGCCGCCGGCAGGACCAGGAACGCCCCCCGCUGAAUACCACCGCCAUCGUCCUCGAAAACGAAUACUUCACGCACGAAUUCAGCCAUAACGUUACGGGCGACCGUGGCACCUUCUAUCUCGAUCUACGAGAGGGGGGCGGAGAAGAACUUCGGUUGCCUCACGGUCAUGUCCGGGAAAUUCGAGCAACCUUGGCAGUGGAGAGCGGCGACUUCUGGGGAACGACGUGGUACCUCUCGCUGUUUGGAGUUCAUUUCCCAGACACCGGGGCCAUCAUCCUGAGCACCACCAGCGAGAAGUUUGGGGGUGUAUUCUCAUUGCCACACCUCGCCCUCUCGUCGGACACCUACAAUCUGACCCACCAGCUCCUCAUCAAGUCUCUCUCAGACACCAUCUCGGAGAAACAAAAUCGGCCGCCCACCUUGUUUCCUUGGUCUUCGCUGGUCGGGACUGAGCAGGUGGAAUUCCCCGCGCCAAAAUGUGAACACAUCGUCUAUCUGCAACAACAUCCGGUCGCGAUUCAUGGCUACCUCGCAGACAAAGCGAUUAUCGAGCAAAUGGAACAGGAGCUGCGGUACCCUAUGGGCGCGCCUAUCCCGUCUCCUCCACUGUUGGUGAUGUCUGCGGUGGUAUUCUCUCCCGAUUGUGGGUAUGUUCUGGAGACCAAGGGAGCACCAGACUUUCCUCCCACCGAAGCGCUGUAUCUGUCGGGUCCGAAACUCGAGGAAUUUGGGAAGUACUCAGCCCGCAUCAUCUUUGUGAUUUCGGCCUUCUCCGUGGCCCAGAUAGCGUUACUCUUGCGCCAAAUCAAAGAAGCGUCCACACCGUCUACUAGAAGCCGGAUCAGUUUCUAUACGAUCGCGCUCAUGGCAUUUGGGGACUCGUUUGUGCUGGUUUUCAUGCUCCUGGAGCUCUAUCCCGCUGUCUCAUUUCUCGUCAUGACCACGGCAUCCUUCCUUGCCUUCCUUUCCGUCAGUUACAUCGGGAUGAAAUUCAUGAUGGAGAUCUGGGCUGUCCAGGCUCCAGAGCGAAGGGAGCAAGACCGCCGGCCCAACCCCUCGACUACUCCGCGCGCAGGCAAUCUGCCACUGCCCGCCACCACGGCUCGAGUCGGUGACACUGGCGCGACACCGAUUAUUCUGACUCCCGACCAGGAUCCUCCCGCGGAAGAAGAUGAGCCCCCCGCGAAUCGGGGCACUACACCGACUGCGCGGGAUACUCGGGGUGAUGUGGGAGCCAUGUACGCACGGUUCUACUUCAUCUUGUUUGUCCUGCUCAUUAUAUCUAUAUGGUCCUUUCUUUGGCCGAACCGAAUGGGGGCCAUGUAUGCCCGGACCCUUGGGUUCGUUUACCUAUCCUUCUGGGUACCCCAGAUAUAUCGCAAUGUUAUGCGCAACUGUCGCAAAGCACUGCGCUGGGACUUCGUGGUCGGCCAAAGUUUUCUUCGACUCUUUCCGUUCUUGUAUUUCUUAACCGCUCGCGGAAAUGUGCUUUUUAUUCGGCCCGACUCUACCACCGCCCUGGCACUGGCUGGCUGGGUGUGGAUUCAGGUCUGGAUAUUGGCGAGCCAGGAUAUUCUGGGGCCACGGUUCUUCAUUCCGCGCGGCUGGGCACCCCCUGCCUACGACUACCACCCCGUGUUACGCGAUAGCGCUGGAUCGGACGACGACCUGGAGUCCGGCGGAGUCCUCCCCAUUGGGGCCUUGCGGGCUGACGAGCGAGAAUACGCUAGCGAAGCCAGGGACGAAGACAAGCAUCGGGCGAAGGACAAGAAAAAGGCCGUGUUCGACUGUGCUAUCUGCAUGCAAGAGAUUGAGGUUCCCGUCCUUGCGGCGGCCAGAGGGCCCGGCAGCAGUAGCGUCACGGACGGGGCCACGAGUCUCCUGAGCCGACGGACGUAUAUGGUCACUCCAUGCCGGCAUAUCUUCCAUAGUGCCUGUCUCGAGAGCUGGAUGCGACUCCGGCUGCAGUGUCCGAUCUGCCGGGAGUCCAUCCCUCCUGUGUAGAUCGGGCUUCCUCGCCUUCCGGCCCGCGUCGAUCCGUCCAUUCUCAUUCAAUUCAUGAAGCUCGCUGCGUGAUGUUGGCCACGUAAGGAUCUUCCCGGUCGAAGCAAGGAUACAGCCCAGCGUACCGUCCAACCCCUCGACCUUCAGUACCCGAAUCCACGCGGACUCUCACACAUAGAAAGACGUCCUCUUGGCCGCGGAGGCGAGCCGGGUUGUGGAGAUGUCGCCCGGCUCAAUGCUUUCGAUUUCAUCCUAACACGUGUUUUUGAGCGGACACCAGACCUGAUCCAUUAUCUCAUCCUAGCUCCCGCGUAGCUCUGGGC